AUGGUACCCACAACUGCAGAAAAACUGAGCCAAAUUUUGAUCGCCAAGUAUCUUGCAAAGCAUGAGUAUGACGCUGCGCUUUUAAAUUUCCUUAAAGAAUCCGGUUUGUCCAGAUCUGCCGUGGAUAUGAGUAGUAAUGAAUUUGAAGACCUCGAGAAAAUUAUUGCGGAACGCAUUGAGUUCAAUGAGACCAAAAUAGGUGCACGGCUUGCCAACUUGACUCUUAACGAUGCUAUUAGCCCACUCGAUCCCAAAUUCAACUUGCCAUCAUGGGACCACACGCAAAAACUCAACACACUAGCUUUGGAAGAAAAACCAACUUCGUUGGCAGUCGAUCUCUCGUUCACCGGAGACUCCCAGUUGUCUGUGAGCACUGUUGAUCGGAACGUUUAUUUCUAUGGAUCUGAUUUGAGCCUUGCGAAAAAGCUCAAAUCCAACUCUGGCGUGGUGAAGCGGUGCGGCACUUUCUCGCGUGGCAACGAAAUGUGGUAUUAUGUUUGUGGUAUGAAUGGAAACUUGACGAUUUUCGAUGGUAAUUUCGACAUUCAAGUGGAACACCAACUGCACUCUCGCAUUGUCAAAAACAUUGAGUUUUUCCAUCUCACCAAAGACUCCAAGUGUUACUGUUUCAGUUCAGGACUUGAUAACUAUGUGAAGGUCCACUUGAUAGACCUAGAGAAUUUCGAAAUUACUCCUGUGGUGUCUCUCAAGCUGACGACACCGUGCACGUCUUUCCAACUUGCACAAACACAAGAAGAGCUACCGACUCUACUCCUCACUCAUCAGGACUACUCACAGCUAGUGAUCUACGUUCUACAUGGAAAUCAGUUGGUAGAGACGCACAAGUUGGCAAUGAACAACGCUCAAUUUAGCUCGCAUUCCUUUAAUGUGCAAUCUUCCUGCAUUUUAAACUUCGGUGAUGAAAACAAUACCACAAGUGGCGAGUCACCCAACCAUCAUUUGCCAACUCUAAGAAACGGUUCCAUGGUGGCUGUGGCUACUUCUCAUGUGCCUUACAUGCGCGUGAUCUUGCUGGAAGUACCAGAGAUCGGUUUGCACUCAGCAUCUCAAAUUUACUACGAUAAAAUUCUACGCAACAUGGCCACGAUGAUUCCACAGGAUUCCUUCUCUAGCGCGAUAUUGAAGACGUGUCAGCAACCAGGAGGCCUUAUUGUUGGUUCUGAUUCAGGCGUAUAUGGCAUCGAUGUCGCGAAUUGCGACUCGUGGCUACUGGUUCAAGGCGAACGCAGGGUCAAAGCUAUAGACUCGUUCCAAGACCAAUUGGCCAUAGCUUAUGGUAACUCAGAACUCGAGGUUUUAUACUGGCGUCAAGAGGCAUAA